CCUUUUUCCUCUCUCCUCCCCUCAGCACCACAGGGACAAGCUGUAGUUCAGCUUCUACACAACUGAUCCAAACACUGCAGGAGCUCUGAUUCCAGGUCAAAUUCACAGCCCGUUAUACCUUCAGAGGUUUUCAGUUUGAGAGUCAGCAUGCCUGACAACUUGCACAUGGACAUGGAGAAUAAGGAGAAGCGUUACUGCAUUCGAGGAAAACAUGCAGCCAUCAUCUGUGCAGCUGUGGUGGUUUGCUCCUUGGCUGUGGGUUUAGGGGUAGGCCUCACUAGAUCUACCUCCUCUACACCAGACUCCACAGCAGCCCCCACAGCAGCCCCUACACAGCCCCCUUCAUCUGACAGAGGGCCCUGUCAGCCUUCGUCGGACUCCAGCGGGGACUGGACUAAUUUCCGUCUGCCUGACUAUGUGAAGCCGAUCCACUAUGACCUGCACCUGGAGCCAAACCUGGUCGAUGACACCUACACAGGCACAGUGGACAUCCAGGUGGAGGUCAGUAAACCCACUCGUCACCUGUGGCUGCACAUCAGGGAGACGUUCAUCAGCACCAUGCCCAAGCUGAAGGUGCAGGACAGCCAGGGGGGCCAGAGGGAGGUGGAGGUCAAACGCUGCUUUGAAUACAAACCUGAGCAGUAUGUGGUGGUGGAGGCCACAGAGGAGCUGCCCAUCACUGGCCAAGGAGAGGUGUAUGUGCUCGGUCUGGACUUCCAGGGCUGGCUCAAUGGAUCAGUGGUGGGAUUUUACAGAGUCAUCUACACAGAGGAGGGAGUCACCAGAAAGAUUGCUGCAACUGAUCAUGAGCCAACAGAUGCAAGGAAGUCAUUCCCCUGCUUCGAUGAACCAAACAAGAAGGCCACCUAUAAAAUCUCCAUCACUCAUGACAAGAUCUAUGGUGCUCUGUCCAACAUGCCACCAGAGGGUCCCCCUGAAGAACAGCCUGGCAAUAAACUAAAAACAACCUUCCAGAAAUCCAUUCCAAUGAGUACCUACUUGGUUUGUUUUGCUGUCCACCAGUUUGGGUAUGUGGAAAGAACCUCUGCCAGUAAUAUUCCUCUGAGGAUCUACGCCCAACCCAGCCAGUUAGCGACUGCAAAAUACGCAGCAGACACAACAAAGAUCAUCUUUGACUACUUUGAGGAAUAUUUCAACAUGUCGUACUCCAUCUCCAAACUGGAUAAGAUUGCCAUCCCUGACUUCGGUACCGGUGCCAUGGAGAACUGGGGGCUCAUCACCUACAGGGAGACCAACCUGCUGUAUGACGACAAAGAGUCGUCCUCCAUCAACAAGCAGCGGGUGGCGAGCGUUAUUGCUCACGAACUGGUUCACCAGUGGUUCGGAAACAUCGUCACCAUGGAUUGGUGGGACGACCUCUGGCUCAACGAGGGCUUUGCCAGUUUCUUCGAGUACAUCGGCGUGGAGGAGGCUGAGCCAUCCUGGGGCAUGAGAGACAUCAUGAUCAUCGAUGAUGUGCUUCCUGUCAUGGUGGACGACGCCCUCCUUUCCUCUCAUCCGAUCAUCGUGGAUGUGUCGAGCCCGGCGGAAAUCACCUCUGUGUUUGAUGCCAUCUCCUACAGCAAGGGAGCGUCUAUUCUCCGUAUGCUGGAGGACUGGAUGGGAAGGGACAUGUUCAGAGAUGGCUGCAGGAAAUAUUUAAAGGACUUCUAUUUCAACAACGCCAAGACUUCCAACUUCUGGGCUUCUCUGGCUGAAGUGAGCAAGUUACCUGUUGCAGAGGUUAUGGACACAUGGACCAAACAGAUGGGUUAUCCUGUUGUAGAUCUCACCGUCUCAGAGACAGAUGCCAAACUGACCCAGAAGCGUUUCCUUCUGGACCCCUUAGCUGACCUCAGCCAGCCCGCCUCACCUUUUCAAUACAAUUGGACAAUUCCAGUCAAAUGGUACUCUGUGAAAAGUGGCAAGAUAGUGGAGACGAUGUUUAGCAUGAAUGAUGCAGAGCAUGUCAUCAGUGAUUAUUCAGCCUCAGAAGAUGGACUGCUGAAGAUAAAUAAUGACCACAUCGGAUUCUACAGAGUCAACCAUGAAGACCACAUGUGGACUGUUAUCAGUCAGCAGCUUCAGACUAACCACACGGCCUUCGAUGCAGCUGAUCGAGCGAGCUUCGUCGAUGACAUUUUUGCUCUGGCAAGGGCUGAUAUUGUAGAUUACGGCAAUGCCUUCAACCUCACAAAGUACCUGGAAAAAGAGUCGGAGUAUAUCGUGUGGAAUCGUGUGGCCUCAUCGAUUGCCUAUGUUCGGGGCAUGUUGUCCAGCGACGACGAACUGUACCGAAGGUUUCAGAAACUGUUUAGUGAUCUGGUUAAACCAAUGGCGACACAGCUCGGGUGGACAGAUGAGGGCACACAAACAGAAAGGUUGCUGAGGGAAGCUGUCCUCGGCAUUGCAUGUCAGAUGGGAGAUGAGCACGCUCUGAAUGAAUCAUACCGUAUUUUUGACCAGUGGAUCAACAACGCCAUCAGCAGCGUCCCUGUGAACCUGAGGCUGCUGGUGUACCGCUACGGCAUGAAGGCCUCGGGGUCUCCAGAGAAGUGGAACGAGAUGUUCCAAAGGUACAAAACCUCGACACUGGCUCAGGAGAAGGACAAACUUCUGUACGGACUGGCAUCGGUGGAUAACGUGGAGCUUCUGAACAAUCUGCUGGAGGCCACCAAAGAUGAGAACGUGGUGAGGAGUCAGGAUCUGUUCACCGUGGUGCGGUACGUGGCGUACAACCCACUGGGUCAGAAAAUGGCCUGGGACUGGACCACGUUGAACUGGGACUACUUGGUCAGCAGGUACACCAUCAAUGACAGGAACCUCGGCCGGCUGCCCGGUCGGAUCACAACCAUCUACAACACCGAGCUGCAGCUGUGGCAGAUGGAGCAUUUCUUCAAACUGACUCCAGAUGCCGGAGCCGGAGAGAUGCCCAGGCAGCAGGCACUGGAGACGGUGAGGAACAACAUCGAAUGGGUCCGGAGGAACAAGGAUGAGAUCAGUGUGUGGCUGAAGAGCAACGUUGCCUAGACAUAGAACCUGAACCCAGUCUGUUCAGGUGUGUAGUUUGUGUUCUGUAAAACAAUAUGCUGAGUUUAGUCUUUCAGUCUGUGAUGAAAAUGAUUCCUGAUUCUGUGCUCAUUACUGGGAAAUUAACCCAGCCUUUUCUAUAUUGUUAUAAUAUUCAAAACAUCUACUUAUUUAUCAUUAGAAUAACAUAAAAACUGUUAAAAUGUGUAUUUGCAAUCAGAGUCACGUCAAAAACAUGGAGCUUAAUUAAACUGUUUUUUUUAUAAUCA